AUGAAUAGUAAAGAAAUUAAAAUAAUUUUAAAAGCGGCAAAAGAAAAUUUAGAUCAAAAAGAUUAUAAAUCGGCCAUAAAGAAUUGCAAGUCAAUAUUAAAAGAAGAUGGGAAUAAUUAUAUGGCAUUAGUUUUUUACGGUGCUGCGAUACAAGAAACCGAACAAAAAUCCGAGGCUCCAAAAGCUUAUAAAAAAGCCGUUGAAAUUUUACCUGAUCAUAAUUUAGCAUGGAGAGGAUUAGCUUGUUAUUAUGAAAAAUAUGAAUGUAAAAAUAAUUCAAAAGAACUUAUUAAAGUCUAUGAAAAAUUAGCUACCUUAGAAAAUGAAUUUACAAAAUUUUCCGAUGUUAUUGAUAAAUUACAAAAAUUAUCAAUAUUACAUUGUGACACAUCAAGUGUUGAUGCAAUAUAUAAUUUAAUUUCUACCGCUGAUAAUGAAAAAAAAUUGUUAAUUUAUAAAUUUAUUAUCAAUGUUUUAGAAGAAAAUUUAACGGAGGAAUUUAAAGUUCGAUAUGAAAAUUCCUUGCAGUAUUUAUUAUCAGUGACUCCUCCAUUAAAAGAUAAAAAUGAUAUAUUUAAAAAAUAUUUAAAAUUUUUAUACAAACAAAAUAAUUAUGAAAGGAUUAUUUUGGAAGGGAACAAAAUUUUAGAAUCACAUUUAAAUGAUGCAGUUUUAUUAGAGUGGAUAUGCAAAGCUUACACAGAACUUCCCGAAAGUGUAUUGAAAACAAAUUCACCAGACAUUUGCCCUAAAAGAGCAUAUGAUCAAUUAUUAACCAUCAUACCUGAUUCAUAUUUAGGAUUAUUUUGUAAAGGACUUAAUGAAUUAUAUCAUGGCGAUUUGAUAAUUGCUAAUGAUGAAUUACUAAAUGCGACAAAGAUAAAACAAGAUUCCGGUAUGAUUUGGUUUUAUUUAUGCACCUGUCAAAUUUUACUCUAUCAUUUUGAAAAUGCAGAAGAAAGCGCUUUAAAAGCUUUAAAAUGUUUUAAUAAUAAUAAAAAAUAUAAAAACAUGAUAACUGAUUGCGAAAUCAAAUUACUGCAAUCAUUAUGCGAAUUAAAUGAAAAAGAAAAGUGGCUCGAAGCGGAAAAACUAGGCAUGAAAUUAUUAGAAUCUAAUUGUGAUAGUUUAAAUGUUUAUCAAUCGUUUGCCAUAGCUUUAAUUAAGUUAGAAAAUUACUCCAAAGCUGAACAGUAUAUAAAUAAAAUCAAAUCUCAUGAAGAAAUAGUAGAAUAUUUAAAUAUACUUAUGUUAAAACAACAGAAUAAAAUAAACGAUUGUAAAAAAAGAUUAGAAGAAUUAAAUGCAAAGCCACAUGAUAAUUUUAUUUUUUGGUUAGAAUUAGGUAAAAUUUAUUUUAGCGAGAAAAAUGAAAAAUUAAGUUUGUCAUGCUUACUUAAAGCUGCUAAACUCAAUCAAUGGUGCUAUUUAAAUUUUUUAUUUUUGGGUCAUUAUUACUCGUCUUUACUUAAGGAUUUUGAAAAGGCAAGGAGAUGUUAUCAAAAAGCAUUUCAAUUAAAUUCAACAAAUGUUGAAGUUUGCAGAUGUUUGAGUGACAUUUACAGGACAUUAGGAAAAGAGGAUCUUAAUUUACAACUUUUAUCUGCUGCCACAGUUAUUAACCCAAAAUCAAAAUGGGCCUGGUUAAAAUUAGGAUUACAUUAUUUAUCCGUCAACCAAGCCAAAGAAGCCAUAAAAAGCCUUCAAAUUGCUGUUCGGACUACCUGGGAGUGUUUGGGAGAUGCUUAUUUCGCACAAGGAGCUUACACAUCAGCAAUAAAAUCAUAUCAGAAAACUUUGGAUUUAGAAUCGAAUUCGAUUUAUCCAAUUUUUCAAAUAGCAAGAAUAAAACACAUGAUUGGAUCAUUUUCAGAAUCAGUACAAGAAUUUAGAUUGAUUAAUUCCAAAGCCACAGAUUAUAUUCCUGCUCUUAAGGGUCAUUCAGAAGCAUGUAUAUCAUUAAUGAAACAAUAUCUUUCUCAACAUAUGAAUGGUUUGGCUCAAGAUAUUUGUCAAGAGGCUGUUUAUUAUUUAAUCAAGUGCCUUGAAUUGAGAAAAAAUUUAAUAUGCAUUUGGAAAUUACUCGGAGAUUGUUGCCUUUUAAUUUCGAAUCUACCAAAAAAAUAUUGCCAAUUGAAAAUAUCAUGUUGGUUGAUGAACGAUUUCAAAAUGGAGGACAAGGAAAUUUUGAUAUUAGAUAAGGUUCAAAUUCUCAAAUUAGGUUGUAAAUGUUUUUGUCAAGCCAUAGCAAUCAAUGGGAAUUUUCCAAAUCUUUGGUACGAUUUAGCAUACGCAUAUAACAGCAUGGUUAAAAUAAGCAAGACGGAGGAAAGUAGGAAACAAAUGAGAAAAUUGGCAUGUUCGUCCAUUAAAAAAAGUAUCAUGCUUAAUGGAAAUUGUUGGGAAAGUUGGAAUUUGUACGGUAUUAUUCUAUCGUCAAAAGAAUUAGAAAAUUAUUAUUUAGCUCAACAUUGUUUCAUAAAGGCUUUAACGUUAAACGAUACAAAUGCAAUUGCUUGGACCAAUUUGGGUGCACUUUAUUUAAGUCUAAACGAUUUACAAUUGGCCAAUUUGGCAUUUACCGAAGCGCAAAAAUUUGAUCAGGAUUACGUUCAUUGUUGGGUCGGUCAGGCCAUAAUAGCUUACAGAACUGGUCAUCACGAAGCCAUGGAUCUCUUCAGGCAUUCGACGCAAUUAGGAUUCAAUUCUGAGGGUUGUUUGGGUUACUCCGCAUUCGUUAUUCGAACUCUUUUAAAUAUUAAAAAUAAAAACGAUAAAGAUUAUGUUUACAGUAUAAAAAAUAUGAAUGCGAUACCUGUAUCCGUCGACCUUUUAACCUGGUACACGGAUCGUUUUACGGAUAAUCCCUGGGCUUUUAACAUGCUAGGUUUAUUAUUAGAGAGGAAACAGCUUUAUAAAGGAUCGGCGGAUGCUUUUUACAAAGCUCUGGAAUUAUUGGGAGAAAGAAACGAAAAUAAUACUUCGAGAUUGGAUAAAAUUUUACUCAAUUACAGCCGAGUACUUUCCAACAUGAAUCGUUACGAAGAAGCGAUAAAACAUUUGAAAUUGAUUAAAAUUCCAACGUUUGCCAAUCAGUGCGAAUUAGCUUUUGCAUUUUUCAAAGCCAAACUUUACGAGGAUUCAUAUUCGUCGUACGAAACGACGCUCGAAUGGUUCGCCUCGGACACGGAAAUGAAAUCUCACAUUCUCGUCGCAAUGGCCGCCGUCGUGUAUUUACAUCAGGGACACGAGGAUGCAAAAAUACUUUUAAUGCAAUCGUGUCAAUUAAAACCGGCAUCGGUUCAGGGACUUUUUGCUUGUUGCGCUCUCGGAAUGUUGCAUUCGAAUUUGGAACUCUCGGAAUUGGCAUUGAAAGAAUUGAACGCGUACAGAGACGAUCCAAAUUAUUUAAGUCACAUCGCCCUUUUCAAAUCCUAUAUUUAUUUAUUUAAGGGACAAAAAGAAAAAUCGAUUCGAGCUUUUUAUGACGUCAUACACAGGCAUCCGGUUACACCUUCCGUUUGGUUGAGUUUAUCCCUGUUAAUGUUGCACCUACACGAAAGUUGUAAUAAAAAAAGCGCGGCAAGAUGUGCGGAAGUGGCUUUGGCAACGGGACGAUCGUCGAUCGACGUUUCCAAAGUCAUGUCGCUCGUGAGUUUGAGUAACCUUUUAUGCGGAGAAGGUUUGAAAAGUUUGAGAUCGUCACAGAAAGCCGUUCACAUGUUUCCGGACGUGACGGAAAAUUGGGUCGUUUUAUUGGCAUCCGUUUUGUCGAAAUCGUUGCAGAGAGAGUCAACGAAAGAAAUCGGAUGGUUGAAAAAAAUGAUUACGUACAUAAGGAGAAAAUUUGCGAGUUCGAAACAAAUGACGCAAUGGUUGAGCAAUAAUAAUAGGAAAAUAGAUGCUAUGGCGGAUAAAUUAGUGAGUUGA